AUGGCCGACGACCCGCCUGAGCCCAGCUCCUCCGCACGAUCCUUCCCUGUGCAACCAAAGCAAUCUUCAGCGCUGCGUCACCGUCUGCAGCGCACCCAUAGCACUCCAUGGGACCCCUCCGCCUCAUCCUCGUCCAUUGCUCCGCCGCCGCCCGUUUUGCGCCGCCGUAGCUCCAUGCUCUCCGAUUUUUCCUCGAUCCGUUCCUCCACAGACAACCUGCUGAAUCCCGGUUCGCGCGACGCAGACAAGCUAGAACAAGAUGAGCCCUCUCUCUGGCACUCGCUGCCACUGGUCUUCGCCAUUCUGCCCGCUGUGAGCGGUAUCUUUUUCACAAAUGGCAGCGCCGUCGUCACCGACAUCCUGCUGCUUGGCCUGGCAUCCCUCCUGCUCAACUGGUGUGUGCGCAUGCCAUGGGAUUGGUAUUGCGCCGCCCAAAUGCCUGCGCCAUAUGCCGAAGCUGCUGGGAUACGCCUGUCUGACACUAUACCUGAGGAAGAUUCUGAAGAUGACGAGGCCAUCGAGGAUGCGCCCACGGCCGACACAAAAACUGCCUCGGAGCAUAGCGACACUGCUGCCGACAUGCCCGCCCCGGAACGCUCGCCGCAAUAUAUCGCUGCCGUGAAGGAACUGCAGUCAGAUCAGCUGUACGCCCUGGCUGCAUGCUUCUUGGGCCCAGUUGUCGGUGCAUACCUCCUCCAUGCCAUUCGCGCAUCGCUUUCGCGUCCCUCCGAAGGACUUGUUUCGAACUACAAUCUCACUAUAUUUUUGCUGGCUGCCGAGGUUCGCCCUGCAUCCCAUCUGUUGCGCAUGCUCCGCGCCCGGACAGUGUACCUGCAGCGCAUCGUCCGCGAGCAAGCCGAACCUGAUUUAAAAUCCGAGGAGCCCGCCGUGUCCGACUUAGGGAGGCGCCUCAGCGAACUCGAGUCGCACAUGGCCGACGUUGCCUCAGCCAAUGCCGUGUCAGCCAAAGAGAAAGGGAAGUCUGCCGGCUCUGCCGCACCCACCGAAGUUGCGAACAUCGUCCGCCAGAGCUUCCAGCCUCAAUUGGAUGCUCUGAACCGCGCCGUACGCCGCUAUGAGAAGCGCGCCACUACCCAAACUAUGGCGACAGAGGCCCGCCUGCAGGAUCUUGAAUCACGCCUUAAAGAUGCCCUCGCCCUUGCAGCUGCAGCCGCACGAAGCGGGCAGCAGAAAAAGCCCGGCGUUGUUUCGAUUUUGUUUGAUUGGUUGAGUACAUUGCUCAUGAUUCCUUUGCAAGCGUUGUGGGCGCUCAUGGUAUACCCGUUCCAAAUGUUGUCGAGCAUUGCCGUGAGCAUCAAAAGGUUUCUGUUUGGCUAUACCAAGAAGGUUGACAAAAAGGGCAAAGGAAAGGCCAAAAGCGCGUCGGACAGGGGACAUGGGAGCUUAAAUGGAUAUAGAGCACAAGCGGGGCCGAGCGGGACGAGGUGA